AUGACUCGGGAUGGUGUGGGGCUUAUAUUAGACCGACAUGAGUCGAUAAAUGCAGCUGUGGAACGCAGUCACGGAGCUUGGUCACCUCCUAGAGCUUUCCACAUGUUUUGCAUCAGGCAUAUAGAGUCAAACUUUCUGAUGAAAUUCAAGGCACCGUACCUGCAAAAGCUUGUCGUCAAUAUAGGAUAUUCGAGGACGGCUCGUGAGUAUGAAUUGCGUUUUCAGCGUUUACGAGAGCGGGGCGAGGCGUACACUAACUGGUUAGACCGUAUUCCCCGUGAACAGUAUGCGUUGGCAUUCGAUGGUGGUUACCGAUGGGGUCACAUGAUGACUAAUCUAGUCGAAUGCAUCAACUCAAUCUUGAAGGGUGCACACAAUCUUCCCAUCAUUGCACUUGUGAAAGCAACAUUCUACAGACUAAAUGAGUUGUUCACACGGAAAAGAGCCAAGGCGGAGGCUCGGAUUAAUGCUGGCCAUAAUGAGGUCUUUGAAGUGCGUGAGAUGCCAAGUGGAGUGGAGUAUGCUGUUGACCUCCGUCGUCAAAGAUGUGACUGUGGUGAGUUCCAGGUGGACCGAAUUCCGUGCCGGCAUGUGUUUGCAUGUUGUGCAAAUCAACGACUAGAUUGGCAGGUGUAUGUGCAUGAUGUUUAUAAGAUGGACCAAAUUAGACGCGUUUAUCGGGCAAGGUUUAGGCCACUCGGGAAUCCAACUACGUGGCCUUCUUACAAUGGUCCUCGAUUCGUACCGAACCCGUACUUGAGACGCAUUGCCAAAGGUCGACCUAGGAUGACGCGCUUCUUGAAUGAGAUGGACACACGAAUGUUACGGCAUCCGAGGCGAUGUAGGCAGUGUGGGGCUGAGGAACUAAGUCGGAGUAGAUGCCGUUAG